GUUAUGUCCCUUGACUACCUCUUCUUUGAAGUUGCUCUCGUGUAAGAGCAGGUGAAUAGCUGUGUAUAUAGUUCCAUUCUCAUUCCCAUCUGCUGGACUGCUAACCUCGUCUUCCUCGAGGAAUCGCGCUCAACACAGAAAACUCAUAACUCAAGAACUCGAAUAACAUCACCGAUUUUUAUUUGUCAUGGCUUCUGAAGAAAAUUUCGAUACAGGAGAUGCAGGAGCGUCACAGACCUAUCCGCAACAAUGUUCCAGCUUACGCAAGAAUGGCUACGUUCUUCUGAAAAGCAGACCGUGUAAAAUCGUAGAUAUGUCCACGUCAAAAACCGGCAAACAUGGUCAUGCCAAGGUUCAUCUCGUUGGUCUGGACCUGUUCAACGCCAAAAAGUACGAAGAUAUUUGUCCCUCCACUCACAAUAUGGAGGUGCCCAACGUGAAGCGAAAGGACUACCUUUUGAUUGAUAUCGACGCGAAUAACUACUUGACCCUGUUGGAAGAUGACGGAGCAAUUAAGGACGAUUUAAACCUACCAACUACUGACAUCGGCAAAGAAAUAAGCGAUAAGCACAAAAGCGAUCAGGCUCUUGUUCUUACUGUGUUAUCAGCUAUGGGUGAAGAACAAGUAGUAAGUUAUAAAUUGGAUAAUAAUAAAUAAUGGAUUAAUGAGCCAAGAGGAAAAAAAACUGAACCUAUGCAAGCUAUGGUCACUUUUAACACUAUAAACUGAAGCAAUUAAACACCAACACACAUAAUUAAUCUCUCCUCGUCAACAGUUAAAGGACAAUCUUUAUUUUCAAUAUAAUAAUACUGUAAAUGAUAGCAGCUAAUAGACUUAUUGGCAGGUUUUCUAUCUGUCUUUCUCUAUCUCUUGAAUAUGCGCGCACGCUCGCACACACAUUCACUCAGCCGUAGUUAUAUACAUUAACAAUCUUAAAUUGAGCCAAAGAUAUUUAUUUUAAGAAGGAAAACAGUAAAAGCAAAUGAAUCAAGCAGGGAACGGCGCAAAGUAAUGGAGACCCCUCAAAAAAAAAAAAAAAAGAGAAAAGCGAUGUGAGUUGAUGGAAAAAACCUCCUCAACAAGUCACGGAUUCAAAUCUUCAUCGCCUCACCUGUUUUUUUUUUUUUUUUUUCAACUCUGAAGUUGCCUCCUUCCAAAUUGCCAUUCAUUUUUAGAGAUAAGAAAAAAAAUGAAAGUUGAAUAAUUCACGAUGCGACGGAAGAAAAUGAUUUUGAAAAAAAAAAAAAGAAUAUUUUUUUUCUCCUUCAUACUUCAACAUAAAUUGAGAAUGUGCAGAAAAAUCCACGGAUUUCUUGGUAUGUUCGUUUGUUACAACUGGAAAUUGUUAUGAAUCUAUAUUGUACGCUUAGUCUUUAAUUAUGGGGUAUCAGUUUUGUAAUAGACCUUUUCCUUUUUUUUUCCUCUCUUUUUAAAUAUUAUUUGACUGAUCACCUCAUUUCUAGACAAGCUCAGAUUUGAUAACCAACAUUACUACUAACUAUAGAUUAAAAAAAAAACAACCUAGAAGAGAAGUUUCUCCUUUUAAUUAUUGAUAUAUUAUCAUAUAAGAAGAAUAUAUCCAUCUUCAUAUUUCUUAUUUGCAUAAAGAAAUAUAGCUGUUAAUAAGUAAAGGUGGGAACUUUAACUUAACAAGACUAAAUGGCUUUUUCACUCCGAAAUGUCGUAAAGACUUGGCUGGAGUGUUUUGGUUGACCUGCUUGGACAUUUAUGCAUGCUUUAACACACAUAUAUAUGUAUAUAUAUAUAUGUUAUAUAUAUAUAUAUGUAACAUUCUCUCUUUUGUAUUUUUUUCCUCCUUCCUUCCUCUUAUAAAUAAUAAAGUGGUUUGUAUUUUCUCCUAAGGGCCAACAUUUGAGUUAUAUUAAAGACGAAUUGAACAUAA